AACGGUGGGAGGGUUGAUGUGACCUCCAGGAACCAUGAUCCAGAGAGAGGUGGGGCGGGUUAUACUUCUACCAGUUAUAUCUCAAAUAUUAGUGUCUUGUGUGUGACCUGACUCUCCCUGGCCAUGGAUCAAGAGCCCCGCUAGCUGCCACGCUACUUGGAUAAUGACGUCGAGGUGUGCAAGAGACACAAGAUUACUGAUGUAUCUUCACGAGUUCACAAAGAAGUUGAACAUCUAAGGUGAAGACGACAAGAUGAGUGAUAAUCCUCUCUCACUAUUGAGCUGAAAUAGGAAUGGCUGGAAGGAAAGGAAAAAUAAAAUUUUGACGCUACCAUCUUCAUGAUGGAAGGAUUACACAUUCCAUAUCCAGGAAAAUUUCAUAGUGUAAAUCCAGCAGGUAGUGUGGUGGGACAACAGACUCUCAUUCAUCCAGGUACAGCGUUUUAUGGUAAUUUCCACAUCCAAAAAAAUAAUGAGUUGGGAAAUUUCCAUGCCCAGAAAAGUGCUGAAUUUAGAAGCUUUCCAGCUCAGAAAAGUGUACAGCCUGAAAAUUUCGAUGCCCAGACUAAUACAGAGACUGGAAGUUUUAGUGUCCAGAAAAAUGCAGAGCCUGGAAGUUUUCCCGAACAGAAAAAUAUAGUCUCGGGAAGUUUUAUUGUGCAGAAAAACAAAGAAGCUACAAAAGACGAAGCUACCAACACAGGCGAUGAAAAACCGUACGAUUGUGAUCGUUGUAGCAGAAGCUUUGCACAGAAGAGUCACCUUACUAGUCACAUGCUCUGGCACAGUAAGGAGAAGAACUUCGAAUGUGUGAUAUGUGGUAAGCGCUUUACUAUGGAGAGCCAUCUCAAUGGCCACAUGCACGAGCAUAACCGAGAGAAGAAAUUUGAAUGCCAGGUUUGUGGGAAACGAUUUGCUAUGGAAAACUAUUUAAAUAGUCAUAUGCUUGUUCAUAUUACUGAAAAAAAGUUUGAAUGUAAGAUUUGCGAUAAGAGAUUUUCUAUGGAGAAUCACCUUAAUAGUCACAUGCUUGUGCACAAUCAGGAAAAAAAAUACGAGUGUGGAAAGUGUCAUAAAAGGUACAGUCAGAAAAGCCACUUAAACAGUCAUAUGCUGAAACACAGCACAGAUAAGAAGUUUGAGUGUACAUUGUGUAGCAAAAGAUUCAACAUGGAAAACCACUUAAAUAGUCACAUGCUCGUACACAGUGAAGAAAAGAGAUAUGAAUGUGUGCUGUGUGGGAAGCGCUUUCACAUGGAGAACCACCUCAAUAGCCACAUGCUGGUACACAGUGAGGAGAAAAAGUUUGAGUGUACUCUGUGUGAUAAACGAUUCAAUAUGGAAAGUCACCUAAACAGUCAUAUGCUAGUACAUAACAGUGAAAAGAAGUUUGAGUGCUUGCUGUGUGGUAAAAGGUUUAGUAUGGAGAGUCAUCUCAAUAGCCAUAUGCUCGUCCAUAAUGAGAAAAAGUUUGAGUGUAAUUUAUGUGGAAAACGAUUUUACAUGGAGAUCCAUUUAAACAGCCAUAUGGUCAUGCACAGUAGUGAAAAAAACUUUGAGUGUGAAAUAUGUGGCAAACAGUUUUUAAUGGAAAGCCAUCUUAAUAGUCAUAUGUUAGUGCACAGUGAAGAGAGGAAAUACGAAUGUUUGUUAUGUGGGAAACGAUUUAAUAUGGAAAGUCACCUCAACAGCCACAUGUUAGUACACAAUGAGAAAAAGUUUGAGUGCGUUUUGUGUGGCAAACGCUUUAAUAUGAUAAGUCACCUGAACAGCCACAUGCUUGUGCACAGUGAGAAGAAAUUUGAAUGUGAUAUUUGUGGAAAACGAUAUAAGCAGAGUAGCCAUCUUAACAGUCAUAGGUUUGUCCACACACAACAGAAAAAUUUUGAAUGCGAGGUGUGCAGGAAGCGAUUUUCCCAGGAAAGCCAUCUUAGUAGCCAUAGGUAUGUGCACAGUGAAGAAAAGAAAUUUGAAUGCGAAAUCUGUGGGAAACGAUUUAUGCAAGAACUUCAUCUCAACAGCCAUAGGUUUAUGCAUAAUGAGGAAAUAAAACUUGAAUGUCAGGAAUGGGGAAAAAGGUUUACUCAGAAAAGCCAGGUAAAUGGUCAAAUAUUCAUACACACUGAUGAAAAAAGGUUCGAGUGUGAAGAAUGCGGCAAGCGCUUUGCACAGAAGAGUCAUUUAAAUAGCCAUAGAUUUGUACACAGUGAGGAGAAAAGGUUUGCAUGUGAUGUCUGCGGAAAGCGUUUCUCGCAUGAAAGUUACCUUACUAGCCACAGCUAUGUACAUAGUGAAGAGAAAAAGUUUGAAUGUGAAGUUUGUCACAAACGCUUCACACACGAGAGCCAUCUCAACAGCCACAGAUUUGUGCACAGUGAGCGGAGAACCCUAGAGCAGGUGGAGUUCCCUAAACCUGUACAGCAGCCUCAGACUGAGCAAGUACCUAUAACUAAUAAUGUAGAAGUCCAGACCGAUAAAAAGCCAUUUGAAUACGAGGAAAAUGGAAAAUUGUUAAUACAGCAGACUUACCAACCACCAUAUGCAUAUGCUCAGUGGGAACACGUUCGAACAUUGUGGUCAUUGUAGCCAAAGUCCAGUGGCAAACCGUGAACAGUACUUAAAAUGUAAUUCAACAGAAUGCUAAUAUUUACCGGUAAGUACGGUAUGAACUAUUUUAAAGCAGUAAGGUUAAAAUUCUUUUAUUUGUGGGAAUUUCAAUUAAUAUGGCUGUGCCAUUCUUAAGGAAGAAGAGAUACUCUUAAGCAACGUAUUUACGUGAUACAUUUCUUGGUAAUUGUAGAUAUGAACAAUAUAACUAGAAGAAAAGCAAAUCAGUUAAUGUAUCUUAAUGCUACUGGCUACUGAAAUAAACACCUUAAGCCAACACAACUGAAAAUCAUAAGAAUUUGAUAGUAUGCAGGUGUUCCCUCAUUUUAUGCAAAUUCACUAUUAUGCGAGGCCCUAUUUCUAUCAGUAAAUCUGUACGUGUGAUCUGCACUCACAGCAAGUGACGAGCGAGGUCCGCGAAGUACGUUGAUGACUUGAUGGAAUCAAGUGUUAAUAACACAAUUGAGCUACAUAGAAGUACAGUGGGACUUGAAACUCGUCCACUGCAUAAAGCGAAGGACGCCUUUACUGCACUUGCUUGAUUUGUAUUAGGUAAAUGAGUAGGACCUGAUACGGCAAACUAGAAAAUUUAAAAAAAAAAGAAAUAUUUCAGAUUAUUUUGCAUGAAGUUACAGCAACAUCCUGGAAAAGGAUGUUCAAUUUUCGAGUCUUGAAGUGACUCCUCAAAUAUAUCAUAUCAGUAGCGACCUCCUUAAUGACCAAUGCUAGGCUUCAAUACGUCUUCACCUGUUUGAAAGAUGAUUACAGUAAACUCUCGAUUUAAUGGACUCGAUUUAAGGGGCUUGGAAAAUACGAAUGGAAACCGCUGGAUCAGUUGAUUUGGAAACAAGGGAUGAGGUCUAUUGGCUCCAGAAUUGUUCGUUAUUGCUACGAUCACAGGGGAAGCAAUCUCAUCUCUGUCCACCACAAUCACCAUGCCAGCCAUCCACUACCCCCUUGUAUUCCGUUGAAUCGAAGGUUUACCUUAGUAACUCCAAUGCCAUGGUGUCUCCCUAGGCAAAUAAGCCUAAAUAUAUUAUUUAUAGAGAAAAAUAUGUCUGUGAUUCUGUAAUCUAUUUAUGGUAGGCAAUAUUGUGUGCUAAUUAACUAUGCUAUUUAAGAAAUGAAUGGCCUUCUUGUAAGAGGAAAGGAUUAAUAGUAUAUUAGUUUGAUGUUAUACAUUAUAAACCUGGGCUUGUCACUUGCAACACCUCUUCUAAUAGAUUUUUUGCUGAUUGUAUUUCUUCACGAAGGGGGUUAUAUAAAAGGCACUUAUUCACAUAUUCACUAUACAUCUAAUUUUUUUUUUUUUAAGUUUUUAAUUAUCUUAAAUACUUUCUUUGUUAUAAAAGAAAGUAGAAAUAUUGGAAAACUUUGGGCAUCCUAAGUAUAGUCUACCUAUUUACAAACAUUACCACAGACCAGGGCACGACUGUGCACUCUGCAUCAAGGUACAGGUGCUCCUUGAUUUGUGAUGGUGCAAAAGCAAUUACAGUGGACCCCCGGAUUACGAUAUUUCAUUCCAGAAGUAUGUUCAGGUGCCAGUACUGACCGAAUUUGUUCUCAUAAGGAAUAUUGUGAAUUAGAUUAGUCCAUUUCAGACCCCCAAACAUACACGUACAAACCCACUUACAUAAAUACACUUACAUAAUUGGUCGCAUUGGGAGGUGAUCAUAAACCGCGGCUCCACUGUACUUUGGUGACAAAACUCGUGAUAAUUACCCAACAUAAAACCAGCAAGUCCGUAACUUGUAUUCAUAUAUUUACUUUUUAGUACUGGUAUUUAGUUACAGUAAUUAUUUGUUUAUUUACUUAUCCAGUAAUAGUAGUUAUUUACUUACUUAUUGAGCAUAUAUUCAUAUUUGACUUACGAUAUUUUUGACUUAUGGUGGGUUUGUCAGAAGGUAACCCCAUAGUAAACCAAGGGCGCCUGUGUUAUAUCACUUAGCCAGACUCCACAUACUGAACAGUAUAGUAGUGCAUACUGUAUGUCGAUACAAAGUGCUCAGAUUCAAGUCUUGCUCUGGUCUGAUAUAAUGUCUUUAAAUACUUCAAUUUCUCUCAUUUUGCUAAUUGUUCAGCAUAGUCUACCUAUGCUAUUUCUUAGGAUAAACAGUCAUAUUGAGACAGAGAAGAUCAUGUUUAAAGAACGGUCAAUUUUAAGCAGCUAAAUCAUAUUUUCAGCUUGCAAAAUGAAGAGUAGCUUAAAGAAGAAUCUGAAACCUUUUGACGUAAAUAAGAGUUCUCAGCUCCAAUGAGGAGUAGCUUAAAAAAGAAUCUGAAACCUUUUGACGUUAAUAAGAGUUCUCGGCUCCUCUGCACUUAUGUUUCUUACUACACUAGAAAUUAAGUCCUUCAUCAGUCAGAAAUAGUUUUCACUCUUAGGGGUCUAUGUAAUAUUACUAGUAGUAUAUUUGUGCAUAUACAUAUAAGCGAACAAGCAUGAGAGAGGUUGUAACAUGAUAAAUGAGGCAGAAUGAACUGGCUCAUUUAUGCUGUUGAUUUUGAAAACUUUCCAAUAAAUGUGAAAAAUGAUGGAAAAGCAUUAACAAAGAAACCAGCAUCAUUAUUGUGUAAAGUGGCACUGCCCCCCCCUUCCAUGGAUCAAACCUGGUUACCCUCCCCCACCCCUCACUUUUCCCAUACCAGAGACGACUGGUGCAAAGCCAAUUGAUGGCGAGAAAGACCCAGUUGUAGAGGCGAACUUUAUCGAGACAUUUCGCCUGCGGACAGGUAAAAUGUCUCGAUAAAAUUCCUGUUUUUCACGUAAUUCCCUUUUCAUUUUCCAUGAUGGGCACAUCAUAUGACAUAGCCACAACAAGUGACAUUGCUAACACGAACUAAUACUAACUAGUUCUGUCUCUAUCAUUCUGGUUUUCUAUCAUGUACAUGUAAUAUAAAAUUCCUUUUGAUAUUUGAGUAACAAAAUUAAGUUCUGAAACCCAGUGAAGCUUCAUUAGCAUGUUAAAACCUCAAUUUUGCAAAUACACAUUAAUAUAGUGUCUAUUUACUUAAAUGUCAGGAAAUAAAGUUUUAGUCUUAAUGGGAAGCUAUGGACAGAUAGCUGGUAGUGUACAAAAAUAUUCACAUACUCUCUGUACUCGUUAUUUAGGGACAGUCAAGCAUUACAGUUGGGGUAACAGUAACAUAAAAUUGUCGUAAAAAAUUUUUCUUAAUUUAUCUUGUAUAAUUAGUAUGCAAUGUUUUAUAUCAGAGUACUUAAUAUUUUUAAAUGAUGAUGCUAAUGUUGUAUAAAAUUAUUUAUGAUAGAAUGUGCAAACCAAAAAUCAUCUAUUUUGGGUUAAUGUAAUACUUGGACUUUCCUGAAAAUAAAUAUUGCAAUUCCAGUUCGAGUUACAAUAGACAAAAAGUGUAAGUGGCAUGGUUCCGGUUUAUCACCUUUAUAGAAUAAGCUGAUGGCUGGUAGUAAGAAAAUUUGGUUUCUCUGUUUUGAAGUGAACGAUAUUAAAACACCGUGACUUGAUGAAGCAUUUCCUGAAGCCUCGCUGUUUUAAUGUAUGUACUAAAGAAUGCAUUUAUUUAGUGCCCUCUUCAGAAUUUUAAUGUCCGGAACCAUGCCUUUGUUAUCUUUUAGACGUCUUUUAGACAGGCUCCUUGCGUCUCUUUGUAUGUUUUCUU